CACCCCCGGCAGGUGGUUCAAUCAACAUCAGCUCAACCAGCCUGCUGUCGGUGGCCAAGGUGACGUGUGACCUGGGCUAUACCAUGUCAGGGGCUGGGUCGCUCACCUGUGGUGCAGACAGGCUCCUGGGACAUGGCUGUACCCUCAUGUGGGGUAUCCUGUCCUGCCGUUGGACAUCCAGAUGGGGGCAGUGUAGUACUACAAACUGAUGGGGCCACCACUUGGGCCGUCUAUACCUGUGACCGCUACCGCACUCUGAAGGGUCAGAAAACACUCACAUGUAGAAAUGAUGGAAACUGGGAUUUUGUUCAGCCCACUUGUACUGCCUGCCCAGUCCUGGUAGUACCAGACAGCGGUGCUAUGGCUGUAACUAACAAUGGCUCAAACAGUGUUGCUCAUUUCGCCUGUGACCAUGGUUACCAUCUCCAUGGCAAUGUGACCUUGACAUGCACUUCAACAGGCACGUGGGAUGCUGAAGUACCAGUUUGCUUGUGUGAUCCACCUGUCAGUCCGGCCAAUGGGAAUGUGGUUGUUGCUAGCGAUGGUCUGUCAGCAGACUACACAUGUCAGGCGGGGUUCAGCCUGUCUGGUGAAAGUCAUGUGACUUGUGGGAGGGACUCCACUGGCUGGUCAGAUGUAGCACUUACUUGUGUGACCUGCGGUUCCCCACCCUCUUUUACGAAUGGCAGUGCUACCAUAGCAACAAAUGGGGUGAUCUCUUCUCUGGAGUUCACAUGCAAGCUGGGGACCAGUCUCAAAGGUCAAGCAGAGGUCACAUGCAGACAGAACGGCACAUGGGAGACAACUUUUCCAGAAUGUGUCACAUGUUUGCCAUUGAGUCCUGUUUCCAAUGGCUCCAUGCAGGCGAGCUCUAAUGGACUGGCCACCAUGUCUGCCUUCUCAUGUGAUGUUGGUUACACCUUGCUAGGAGACUCGAUGAUUUCCUGUCUGGAAAAUGGAACCUGGACCAAUACCCCACCCACUUGUGUUCGGUGUUCUGACCUCUCACCCCUGGCCAGUGGAUCCACGUCCAACUACUCAGACGGUGCUGCCACCUACAGGACCUUCUCCUGUUACCAUGGCUACCAUCUAGUGGGUUCUGGCACCUUGCAGUGCCUCAACAAUGGUUCUUGGAAUGGCUCCAUUCCUGUUUGUGUUUGUGAUGAACCUCUUAUUCCAACCAAUGGUGCCUACCAUUUGACCUCAGCAGGGUUCAAGGUUGGGUACAGCUGUGCUGUAGGCUACACUCUAUCUGGUCCUGUUAGUAGAACCUGCGCACAGAACGGGACUGGAUGGUCGGAUGUGGACCCUGAGUGUGUGACUUGUGCUGCUCAGCCCUCUGUUGCCGCGGGCAACAGUACCUUGGUAACCAAUGGUUACUCCACCCAGGCAGUGUACAUGUGUGGGCAGGGAUACACACUGAAGGGGACCCAAGUGUUGACCUGCAACUCCUCUGGACUCUGGGACAUGGGGCCUCCUCUAUGUGUGACUUGCAGCAUCUUGCCUGCUCCUAGUAGUGGCAAUGUGGAGUUAGAAACAGACGGCAAGGUAACCAUGGCAACAUUCUCCUGUAGUCAAGGAUACAACCUGGUUGGUGAGGGGGUCAACCAGUGCUUAACCAAUGGCAGUUGGUUGCAUGAUCCCCCUGUUUGCUUGUGCCAGACGCCUAUGAAACCAGUGGAUGGACAAGUGAGCAGCAAUGGCAGUGUAGCCUCGUACGUGUGUAACCAGGGUUACUCUUUGUACGGCGAGGCUGUUAGAUUGUGUGCCCCUGACAGAUCAGGAUGGAAUGGGACGGACCCAGUCUGCAGGGCGUGUGGAAGUCUUCCAUCUCUGAUUGGAGGAAGUGUUGCCAUGGUGACAGACGGUCUGGUAACCACGGUAACAUACACAUGUGAUGAAGGAUACACCAUCAGUGGGUCGGCUCUGUUGUCCUGCAGAUCUGAUGGAACGUGGGACCUGGCACCAUCAAAAUGUGAAUCCUGUGAAACAUUGACUGUACCUGACAAUGGUGAAGUGGUCCUUGUCUCCAAUGGCAACACAUCAUGGGCUGAGUUUACCUGUCUCCCUGGUUACACUCUGAAAGGGCGACCCAAGACAACUUGCAGGGCAGAUGGAAGCUGGGACUAUUCUGAGCCCCAAUGUGUUCAAUGCGCCAGCUUGACUCUGGUGCCUAGUGGGAACCACUCUAUGCAUACUUCUGGUACCCAGUCCUAUGUGACCUACAGCUGUGAGGCAGGGUACCACUUAGAGGGAGCAGUCAAUAGGUCAUGUGACACCAUGGGGCAGUGGUCACCAGCAGCUCCUAUCUGUAAGUGCAACCCCCUUAGUGCUCCUAUCAAUGGCACUGUGGCCUUAAGUCUGGAUGGCAAUAUCCUGACAUUCACCUGUGAUCUUGACUUCUCAUUGGUUGGCCAGGCACUGUUGUCAUGCCAACAAGAUGGCACUGGGUGGGAUGGAACAGCACCAAAGUGUGCGACUUGUGGAGCGUUCAGCAACAUGGACAAUGGAGUGUACCAUGUGACCACUGAUGGAAGGUCAACAAGGGUGACAGUGUCAUGUGACCAGGGCUCCACACUGCGGGGUAGUGGCGAGGUUGUGUGUGGGGUCACUGGGCAGUGGGAGGCUGCUUCCAUGCCCUUCUGUGUGACUUGUCCCAGCCUUCAGAACACCAGUGUGCUGUCAGUGACUACCAGCACUAAUGGUUCAGUAACCAUGGCAACCUUCGAGUGUGCCUUGAACUAUUCACUAAAAGGACAAACCAGUCUCUUGUGUUUGGAUUCAGGCAACUGGAGCUAUUCUACACCAAGUUGUGAGCUAUGUAGUGCUCUAGGCACCCCAGCAAGUGGGUCGUUGACUUACAGCACAGAUGGUCAUGUGACCAGAGCUACAUUCCACUGUGAUCCAGGCUACACUCUCAUUGGCAACUCAACUAUUCAGUGCUUGUCUGGCCACUGGAACUCUGGUGUACCAAGAUGUGUUUGUGACGCACCAUUAUCCCCUAGCCAUGGGAAAGUGGACAUUUCUAUGGAUAAAAUGACUGCAACCUUCACAUGUGAUCUUGAGUACACGCUGGUUGGCAUGACUGCAGCAACCUGUCAGAACAAUAGCUCUGGUUGGAACAUCAGUGUGCCCAAGUGUGUACAAUGCUCAUCCCUGCCUAGUAUACAGUCUGGCUCUCGGAACCUUACCACUGACGGUGUAAGUACCUCUGUGACCUUCUACUGUGACAGUGGCGCCACAUUACAUGGUGUUGCUAUGGCAACCUGUGGUCAGAAUGGCACAUGGAACGUCACAAAUCCAGAGUGUGUGAGUUGCCCUGUGUUAGCUGCGCCAGCAAGUGGCUCCAUAACCCUGUCAACAGAUGGGUGGGUGAGCAGGGUACUCUAUAGCUGCAACCCUGGAUACCAUCGCCAUGGCAACCAAAUGAGGGAGUGCCUAGCAACAGGCAACUGGACUGGAACACAACCACUUUGUUUCUGUGAUCUGCCUACACCUCCUGCCAAUGGUGAUGUACAAUACAGCACAGACAAUGUCACAGCCAUAUACUCAUGUGCGACUGGCUACUCUCUGAACGGACUCAUGCUCAGGCGAUGCCAGUCUGAAGGGAAAGGCUGGAAUGGAACUGCACCAACUUGCGUUGCCUGUGAGCAGCUGACAACAAUGGCAGGGGGAUACCUGCGGCAGACUACUGAUGGUUUUACAACGUCUGCUGUUUACACUUGUGGAGAUGGGUACACCAUGAAAGGGGAGGCAAAUCUCAUGUGCCGCAGUGACGGCUCUUGGAGUGUGCAGGUCCCUGAAUGUGUGGCAUGUAACCCACUGUCACAGACCUUAGGAAGUAAGCUCAAUAUGACGACAGAUGGCACAGUGACCCAGGUCAAGGUAGAAUGUGGUGUAGGUUACACACUGACUGGACCUAGUCUACUCAUGUGUCGUUCGGAUGGAUCGUGGAAUUAUGUUUUGGAUUCCACAGCAUGUGUGAAAUGUCCUGACCUUGACAUCCUUCUUAGUGGAAGUGUAUCCAUAGCAACCAAUGGCUCCAUGACGAUGGCUAGCUACUCAUGUGCACCGGGAUAUGAUCUUGUCGGGGCUCCCACAGUGACCUGUGGACUCGAUGGCACAUGGAGCAGUCUGCCGCCUGUCUGCAAGUGUGCCAAACCGCCUGCCAUACAGGAUGGAACAUACACAGUGUCUACCAAUGGUUCCCAGUUGACUUACAGCUGCUCUAUAGGCACUGCCAUGAUCGGGAACCAGACGUUGUCAUGUGACACAUCAGGACUGGGCUGGCUGGGAACCAUUCCUUCAUGCAACCAGUGUAGCCAACUAGCAGUUCCUUUCAAUGGUGACCAGACUGUGUCCAGUGAUGGACUCACCACUGUAGCUACAUUCAGGUGCAAUGUGAACCACACCCUGAUGGGGAGGUCCACAAGUAGCUGUCUCCAGAAUGGAUCAUGGAGCACACCAGAACCCACUUGUGUACCAUGCAGUGCUCAGUCCUCUAUACCAGACGGCCAUCUAUCGCUGACUACAGAUGGUGCCACCACCAUCGCCCAGUAUAUGUGUGGUGUUGGCUUCACAUUGCAAGGGGCAGCAACUCUGGCUUGUAUGGGCAACGGAAGCUGGAGCAUGCAGCAACCUCAGUGUGUGUCAUGCCCAACCUUGAGUGACAUUUACAACGGAGGGUUUUCCCUGACGACCAAUGGUAGUGUAACCAUGGCAAUGUACAGCUGUGACAGUGGCUAUACACUGGUGGUAGGAGCAGCCCUGUCAUGUGGAGCUAGUGGGGCUUGGAGUGGACCUGCCCCCACCUGUGUGUGCUCCACAUUUGCCCAGCCUGAAAAUGGUGCCAUACAGAUAUCAUCCAAUGGUAGCAUGGCUGUGUACACAUGUGGGCAAGGAUAUACUCUGAAAGGAGGGAACCAGCAGGAGUGUGGAACCGUGGCAAGUCAGCUUGUGGGCAACACCCCACCAACAUGCGUUGCCUGUGCCAUGUUGAACAGUACAGUGAGCUAUGUGUUGAGCACAGAUGGUUCUACGACCAUUGCUACCUUCCAAUGUGGGGACAACUAUACCAUGGUUGGACAGCGGUCUUCACAGUGUAGGAGUGAUGGCACUUGGUCUAAUACCCCACCCACUUGUGUGACCUGCCCAGCACUGACCUUCACCACCGGUCUCCAGGUGACCAGAGUGUCCGAAGCUGACCGCAGUGUGGCCCACUUCUCCUGCAAGGGAGGUUACUCACUGCUAGGGGCAGCAACUUUGACUUGUCUCACUGACAGAACCUGGGAUGCUGUACAACCUACUUGCGUUAAAUGUCCUGGUUUGACCAAUCCUUCCAGUGGAGUUGUUAACAUGACAACAGAUGGCUUGACCUCCAUAGCAACAUACACCUGUUCCCAUGGUUACCAUCUAGAGGGAGACAACCAGCUCAUGUGUAACACUUCAGGACAAUGGGAGGGAACUGUUCCCAUCUGCAAGUGCGAUCCUCCUGCUGAAAUAGCCAAUGGUUCCUAUGUGAUGUCAUCCAAUGGUGGACAUGUGACCUACUCAUGUGACCAGGGAUACACUGUGGCUGGUUCCCAAUCUAGGACCUGUGCAAGUAAUGGAACCGGCUGGUCCAACAGUGAACCCUCAUGUGUGAGAUGUGACGAUUUUAGCCCCCCUGCUGGUGUAACAACAAGUACAGUGACAGAUGGGUCAGAGACGAAGCUACUAUUUACAUGUGGCCUAUUGUACAGUCUUGGAGGGACUGCAGUUGCAAGAUGUCUUCCAAAUGGCACCUGGGACAUACCUGCAACUCCAAUGUGUGUGUCAUGUGAGCCAUUAACCAACGUGACCAAUGGAAUGAUGUCAUAUACCACUAAUGGUACAAGUACUGCAGUAUCCAUUGAGUGUGGUACUGGUUUUACCCUCAGUGGAAAACUCGAGCUGGAAUGUGGAGCAGACGGCACUUGGAGCUCACAGCUGCCUUACUGUGUGUCUUGCCCAACAAUGAGUGACAUUCUCAAUGGAAAGAUUGCCAUGACCACCAAUGGUAGUGUCACCAUGGCAAUCUACAGCUGUGAGAGGGGUUAUACACUGGUGGGAAGUGCAGCCUUGUCAUGUAGAGCUACUGGGACAUGGAGUGGACCUGCACCCACAUGUGUGUGCUCCACUUUUGCCCAGCCUGCGAAUGGUGCAGUGCAGAUAUCAUCCAACGGUAGUGUGGCCUUGUACACGUGUGGGGAAGGAUACACGUUGAAGGGAGGGAACCAGCAGGAAUGUGGAACCGUUGCAAGUCAGCUAGUUGGGAACACUCCACCAACAUGUGUUGCCUGUGCCAUGUUGAACAGUACAACAAACUAUGUGUUGAGCACAAAUGGUUCUACAACCAGCGCCAGCUUCCAAUGUGGGGCCAACUAUACCAUGGUUGGACAGAGUUCUUCACAGUGUAGGAGUGAUGGCACUUGGUCUAAUACCCCACCCACUUGUGUGACCUGCCCAGCACUGACCAUCAACACUGGUCUCCAGGUGACCAGAGUGUCCGAAGCUUACCGAAGUGUGGCCCACUUCUCCUGCAAGGGAGGCUACACACUGCUAGGGGCAGCAACUCUGACUUGUCUCACUGACAGGACCUGGGAUGCUGUACAACCUGCUUGUGUGAAAUGUCCUGGUUUGACCAAUCCUACCAGUGGAGCGGUUAACAUGACAACAGAUGGCUUGACCUCCAUAGCAACAUACACCUGUUCCCAUGGUUACCAUCUAGAGGGAGACAACCAACUCAUGUGUAACAUGUUUGGACAAUGGGAGGGAACUGUACCUGUCUGCAAGUGUGAUCCUCCUGCUGAAAUAGCCAAUGGUUCCUAUGUGAUGUCAUCCAAUGGUGGUCAUGUGACCUACUCAUGUGACCAGGGAUACACUAUGGCUGGUUCCCAAUCUAGGAUCUGUGCAAGUGAUGGAACUGGCUGGUCAGACAGUGAACCCUCAUGUGUGAGAUGUGAAAAUUUUAGUCCCCCUGCUGGUGUAACAACAAGUACAGUGACAAAUGGUUCAAUGACACAAAUACUAUUUACAUGCGGAAUAGCAUACAGUCUUGGAGGGACUGCAGUUGCAAGAUGUCUUCCAAACGGCACCUGGGACAUACCGGCUACUCCAAAGUGUGUGUCAUGUGAGCCGUUAACCAACGUGACCAAUGGAACAAUGUUAUAUACCACUAACGGUACAAGUACUUCAGUGUCCAUUGAGUGUGGUACUGGUUUUACCCUCAGUGGAAAACUUGAGCUGGAAUGUGGAGCAGACGGCACUUGGAGCUCACAGCUACCUCAGUGUGUUUCCUGCCCAUCAAUGGCAACUCCACAGAAUGGUGCAGUGAUCGUCUCCAACAUUAAUAAUUCUGCUCGAGCUGCUUUCUCAUGCAAAAAGGGCUACAAGUUGAUAGGGGAGGCCACUCUAAGUUGUCUUCCAGACGCAACAUGGUCAGGGCUGCCACCAACUUGCUCUUGUGAGGCCUUCCAAAAGCCUGUCCAUGGCAACCUAUCUCAGAGUAGCAACGGCACACAGGCCAUGGUGACGUGCGGUGAAGGUUACACGCUUUCUGGCGUUUCCUUGAUUGACUGCUCUGUGGCCACUGCCCUCACAACCUACACACCACCUACAUGCACCUUAUGUCAGCCUCUGCUGACACCUACUGGCUACGCAUUGAGCACAGACGGUUCCCGUACUGUGGCUCUGUACAGCUGUGAGGUUGGUUCCACUCUUGUUGGCCCCAGCACCACUUCCUGUAGACCAGAUGGAACAUGGGACACUUCACCACCCAGAUGUGUGACCUGUGACAGCCUGGGGCGCCCCCCAGGGGGAGAUGUGAGUCUGAUGUAUGAAGGUACAGCCACCCUAGCCGUGUUCUCCUGUGAUGUGAACCACACCCUGUUGGGGGCCCCAGCCCUCACCUGCAGGGAUGACGGGUCCUGGAACUUCAUGGAGCCACAGUGUGUGAAAUGCCCGAGCUUAACUCCCCUCUUGAGUGGAACCAUCAACCUAACAACUGACGGUACCCGACCUACAGCCAGAUUUUCCUGCACAGCAGGGUACCAUCUCGAUGGUGUUGCCAUGGUGACCUGUGCUGGGUCCGGCAAUAGCGCAUCUUCCUGGGAUAGCAGCAUCCCUACUUGCAAAUGUGACCCCGCAGCCUCCCUUGCUAAUGGCACCAUGACGACGUCCCCUGACGGGCGCACUAUGACCUACACGUGUAACAUGGGGUACAGUCUGGCAGGUCCUAACAGCAGGCUCUGUACAACCAAUGGAACAGGCUGGAGUGGUAGUCAGCCAUCUUGUGUGUUCUGCAGUAUGCCCACAGUGCCAGCUAAUGGUUCACUGCAACUAGGGACCAAUGGUCAGUCUACUGUUGCCCUUGUGACCUGUGCUACUGGCACAACCCUAAGUGGACAGCAAAACAUCACCUGUACUUCAAAUGGCACCUGGAACUUGACCCUUCCAUCCUGUGUUACCUGCCCAUCAUUGAUGCCCCUAACCUCUGGUAAAAUAGAGAUCACUAGUAAUGGGUCGGUAACCAUGGCAGCAUUCACCUGCAACCUCAACUACACAGUGGCUGGGGACCAGAGACUUACCUGUCAACCGGAUGGCAAGUGGUCUGGGAGCCAACCUGUCUGUGCUGCAUGUCCAUCAUUGAAACAAGUACAACAAGGAGCAGUAGUCAUAACAACUGACGGAAAGUUGACUUCUGCUGCAUUCUCCUGUAACCAAGGUUACCAACUCACAGGCAGUGGCACUCUGCAAUGUACUUCAGAUGGAUUAUGGGACCUCUCUCCACCUGCUUGUGUUUGCAAGAGUUUUACGCAGCCGACAAACGGACAUCUGACAAUAUUGACCAAUGGGAGUACAGCUGUGUACACAUGUGACGCAGGUUACACACUUAGAGGGGCUACAACAUACUCAUGUGACACAACAAUUGGCAACACUUCACUAGUGACAGCACCUUCGUGUAAUACAUGCAACACCCUGAGUGUUAACCCCGGCGUGCGCAGUGUGCGAUACUCAGACAGUGUAAAGACCUACAUGAACUUCUCAUGUGAUGAAGGCUAUACAUUGGUGGGUGAGGCGGUCAUCAGUUGUCGUAGCGAUGGCACAUGGAACAGCUCUCUGCCUAUCUGCGUGAUAUGUGAAGAACUGUCCAGUCCGUAUGGUGGAAACAUCACCAUGACAACCAGUGGGUCUGUCACCUCUGCCUAUGUCACAUGUGUCUCAGGCUUCUCUCUGAUUGGUCAAUACAAACUAACAUGUCGUUCUGAUGGGUCGUGGGAUUUCCGAAUGCCAACUUGUGAAUGUGAGCCACCUGCCGAGCCAGCCCACGGAAGCAUGUCAAUUACAGGAGGCCUAUCAGCAGCGUACAGAUGUAACGUGGGAUACACACUGCUUGGACCUGCCAUUAGGACUUGUAGAGCAGACGGUACAGGGUGGUCUGGCAAUGAACCCAGUUGUGAACAAUGUGAUGACAUAAAAGCUGGUCCAAACCAAAACCUCACCCUGGUAACAGAUGGACAUGCAAGCCAGGCAGUAUUCCAGUGUGACCCGGGCUUCUCAUUGUCCCAUAGCAACAAUGUCACAUGUCAUGGCGAUGGCACGUGGGAUGGACCUCAACCUGUUUGUGUGCGUUGCCCAUCUAUGAGCACCAGUUCAGGCCUGUCCUACGUUGUGUCUGCCACUGCCGGGGGCCAGUCUGUGGCCUCGUUCCGGUGUGCAGACGGCUACUCCAUAGAGGGCGCCCUACAGGUCACAUGUCUGCGCAAUGGCACUUGGGACACUAAGCAGCCAACCUGUGGGCAGUCCUUUGGUCUUACCUCGGGAGGGGGAGAGUGCAGCAACUCAACUGUCACUGCUCUGAUAGUAGUCUUCGUCCUGGUUGUCAUAGUUGCAGUCGCCCUGGGUUACCUAGCCUGGAGGUACUGGAGGAAGUACAAGACAGAGAAUACUCGCACUAUCACUUAUUCCCAAAGGCAGCCUAUUAAAACUAGUCCAGAAGGGCAUUAUAUGUUCGAUGACCUUGACAUGAAAAUACCAGACAUGCAACCCCCUCGAGGUCACCAGCGCCACAUAACUGAGCUAGGCAGUAUACCAGAAUUGACAUCUCCACCUUUGUUUUCUGGUCGCCACAUCACGUUAGGUGGCAUGGUUUCACCUUCAAUGGGUCCAGUUACCACUAGAGACAUUGAAAUCCAAAAACAUCCAAAAAGCAGUUAUUCUCAAGGAAGUGGAUCAAAUGAUAGUUUUAGUACUUCAACAUUUGAAUCAUUUUUACCUGUACCAAAGGAAAGAAAGAAACACGGCCUUCAUAGUCCCACUAAUAGAAAACCUCCAGAAGGCAGUGAAAAUGAAAGUGGCAUUAACUCGCCAGCAGAAACAUUACAGGCAUCUUCUCAAUUAGAUCGUCUAACCUUACCUGAACAAAUACUCACACCAAGAAAUCCUGAAGAAUUGAAAGCAGCAGCAUCAGCAAAGAAGUCGAGACAAAGAAGAAAUUCAUCUAAAGGUGGUGAGACAGAAAAGGAGAGGAAACAAAGGAAAAAGAGUGACCUGAUUGAUAAGGACAAAGACUUUCUGAGGGUGAUAAAGGGGGACCGAUCAAGCUCCCCUAUGGCCCCUCGUACCCCCUCACCCUACAAGAUAAGUGGUACUAGCCAGGACUACGAGGUGGACGAAAUGGAUGCUUAAAUGAGUCACGUUCUGGGAAAACUAGGCUAAAUGCAUGUGUGUAAAGUGUUAUCCAAAAUUAGGCUGUGCAGACAACACUUUUCAUCUAAUCUAGAUUUUCGUUAAAAAGAAACAUAUUUUAUUCAAAAUAAUCCACACAAGUGAAAAGUAUCGUCUCUAAUUAGCCAAUGCAGACUGCACACGCUUCUCUGGGAUGGCGCUUUACGCACAUGCAUUAAGCCUAGUUUUCGGUUUUAUUUUGGAACAUUGCUCAUAGAACUGCAUGCAUUGGGUAAAACUAAAGCAGCCAUGUCUUUUUUAUUUUUAUUAUGAAUUUUACGUUUAAUAUUUAAAGUUAGUAAAUAAUGCAAAGAGUUUCAUAUUUUACAAUGUAUUAAAAGUAUGAAUUAUAUUCAGAUACCCAGAAAAUGUUAUCUUUAAGUUUUGACUUAAAAGGUUUGUGAAUACAAGCCUUGUGUGAUUUUGAGAUCAGAGGGUUAGGGUAAGGGCUAAGGGCCUGUGCUCAUGGGGGAUAUUGUGUUCACCAUAUGUCGGGCAUCAAGCCUGGUAUGGUGUGCCAAGUCAAUUGUUAGCUUGUUAACAAUCAAGAGGCAACAUUUUUAUCAAGCUUGAAGAAAAUUAAUCAGUCAUAACGUUUUUGUUGAGAAUAUCUAAGCCAACUUCCGGUUUGGGUAAAAGGUAGUCAAAAAGUUGAUCCCAAGGUUUUUAAAAUGAUUAUAUUCAUGCAGACUGACACGAGAAAUUCAUGACUUACCAGACAUCCAACCAAAGUUCGCCCAUCAAAUGGAACUGGAGUUUUGUUUUGAUAAUGGUGUUAUUAUUUUACAUUGUGUGUGUGUGUGUAUACAUAAACAGCAAAUGUCUAUGUUGAACUAAAUUAAACUCAUAAUCAGGGUAGAUUCAACAUAUAUUGAAAUUAUACAUUAACAUUGUAUUGAAAACUUUAAUAAAAUUUAUUAUUUGGUGUUCAAUUCCAAAUUUAAAAGUUAGUUUAAAUGUCAAGU